AUGAACUUGGUUUUGCAUACUGCUGCCUUUACUUUCUUGUGGCUGCAGCUUCCACUAUUGCUUGCUGACAAUAGUAACACCGCCACGGCCACCACCACGGCAAAACCUGGCUGCCAAAACACGUGUGGGAAUCUAACUGUUCCAUACCCUUUUGGUAUUAGCGUAAAUGGUAAUUGUUCCCUCAGUCCGUCGUUCGAUAUCAACUGCAACACAUCUUCGGACCCUCCCAAGGCCUUUCUUGGCACAACUGAUCUCGAGGUCACUGCUAUAUUUGACCAGAAAAUAUGGGUCAAGAAUUCCAUGGCAUCAGUGUGCUAUGAUAAAGAUGGAAAUACAACUAUGUAUAACUCGGUGACUAUCAGUUUAAUGAACACUUCUUUUAGCCUGUCUAUUGAAAACGAGCUCACAGUCAUUGGAUGUGAUGACUAUACGUUGUUAGAAGAUAUGGAAGAUUCCAUAAGUGCUUGCGUGGGUAUAUGUUCGAAAUUCCAGGAUUUGAGUGAUGGAGUUUGCUCUGGAAUUGGCUGUUGCCAGGCCUCCAUAACAAAGGGUUUACAGUAUUUCUAUGCUUCCCUGUUAAGCUUGAAUGAUCAUCUUAAUGGGGUUACAACUGCAAGUGCUCUACAGGAUCUGCAGGCAAUCCUUAUCUCAGUCCAGGCUGCAAAGGUUAGUUAUAAGGACUUUUCCCUAUUCGAUAAAAAUAUGUAUACCAUCAUUGUUUGGCCUGGCCAUUAUCGGGCUAAUUUGAUGAAAAUUCCUUUGCUAGAUGUUGAUGAAUGUGAGGAUGAUCCAUGUGAUGAAUAUGCCACCUGCAAUAAUCUUCCAGGUACUUACAGUUGUGAGUGUCGGGAAGGAUUUCUCGGUGAUGGCAGAAAAGAUGGUCUUGGUUGCAUUCUCGUGAAUUCAACGUACUCCUCUAGUUUUAUGCAUAGCCUUGGUAUUACCGUUCCUAUUGGGGGUUACCUUCGUGUUGUACAAAGUACUGAAGAAAAGGAAAAGAAAUAA